ACUUCCUGGUUGAAGUAGUUCCACAUUUAUCUGGAUCCAUAAUUCAACCAGACAAGAUGUCCAAACUACCAAUAAUUUGCAUUUUGUUGGUGAUUAUAGCCGUUAGUGUUAAUGUUGAAGGCCAUACAAGAGGCGGAAGAAAGAACGGCAAAGGCAAACAGACUGGGACAGCCCUUAGUGAGAGUAGCGAAAAAAGUCCUGGUAGUCAAAAGAAGGAUAAACAACAAACUGGCAGUGCUGCAGCUAAAAAAAGUAACAGCGGAAGAAAAGGCAAAAGAAACAAGAAACGCGGAAGAAAAGGCAGAAGAAACAAGAAACAACGAUGUCAAUGUAAAGUUGCUUCUGUAAAGACAAUCAGAAACUGUAGAAAAACCGGAAGAAGGAAGACAUGUUCAAAGGUGAAACAGUACUUCUUCACAAAAAAACAAUGCAGCUACCCAUUUGAUGAUUUAAGCACAGCAGAGACUGAUAACUCAGGAUCAAAUGACGAAACCGGUUCAAAUGAUGGAUCAGAUGAUGAGACUGGACCUAACGACGGAACAGGAUCAGACGAUGGCACGGGAUCUAACGAUGAAACUGGGUCGGACGAUGGGAAUGACGAUGGGACCGGGACUGGCGGUGGACUUGAUGAAGAAGCGGGCGAAACACCACCUGGAGAUGGAGAAGAUAUUGACUUAGUCGACAUCAUUCUCAUUGGUGACUGUACGGAUACUGAAAACCCGGAGUAUGUGUUGGGAAAAUGUGCUACCAGUAUCAAGGAAGACCCACCACUGUAUUACUUUGAGACCAGCUGUCCUACGCAUUUCAUCCAGUGUGACGAGCAUGGAGGUGCAGAUAUAAAACCCUGUGCACCUGAAACUGAAUGGUGUCAACAUAAGUUAACAUGUGACCAUGUCGGCAGUUGUGACACUUAACUAUAUACUAUCAGAACGUAGUGGACUUCAUCGAUAAUCAGAUUUCAUGUAACUUCUUAAAAUGUUGAUUUAAGUUUUAUCAUAAAACUAACUUUAAGUUAUCUCCGUAUUUUCAUCUGCAUAAUUGUCUUACAUUAGAAAUUUAGUGUUCAUCAAUGACAUCGUAUUAAUAAAUGUAUUUCUACA